GGCUUACCGUAACGCAGGCUCUUACAUACCAGCAAGGUCUUGGCAUAGGUUUGGAUCAAGUUUACGUUCUGAAAUGUAUCAGUCAAGCCCUGUCAUUGCGUGCUUUUGUCCUUUUUAUUUUGCUUAUCUAGCCAACUUGAAGCUCAUUACUUAUAUCCGUAUGCUAGCGGAUAUCGACAGCUGCCCCACAAAGCGAGCAAGCAGUGACUUAUCAUCACAAUACAUACCUGUAACUCUCACUAUAUAUCACUCUAAAGCAUCAUUUACAAAGAGCAACAUGAUUUCAGUUAAUUGAAAUGGCGCUCCUGUACGUUCACAUGGCCCAGGAUGAUUAAAUGCUCAAGCAUUCAUCUUACCGUGUCUACCUUA